GGGUGUUUGCGCUCAGACGCACGCCGUGUUUCGGCAAGCGAGGGCGGAGCAGAUGCGGCCGCUGCUGGUGCUUAACAAGGUUGACCGAUUGGCUUCCGAGCUGAAGCUGACGCCGUUGGAGGCUUGGCAGCACCUGCACCGACUGGUCGAGAACGUGAACGCUCUCACCGCGACGCUGGUCAGUGCGGACGAGUGCGCCGAGUUAGACGAAGCUGCGGCGAGGGACUCGGGGAGCGGGGACGGAGUUGCUGCUGCUCAGGAGGCACCAUCUCCCGAAGAGGAUCUGGAAGGAUGGACGUUCAGCCCGGAGUACGGCAACGUCGUCUUCUGCUCCGCCCUUGACGGCUGGGGCUUCGGCCUGGGGGACUUCGCCAGGCUCUGGGCCAAGAGAGUGGGCUGCAAGCCGCGGGAGCUCAGGCGGAUGCUGUGGGGCAGUUUCGUACUCAACGCAAAGACGAAGAAGGUGACCAAGUGGACGCCGUCAAGCCAGAACACGCCGAUGUUCGUGUCCAUGAUCCUGGACCCGAUCUGGCAGCUCUACGACGCGGCCGUGCAGGACAAGAACAGCGCUAAGGCUGGCCGGAUGGCGGCGAAGCUGGGCCUCGACAUCCCCCCGAGAGAGCUGGCGUCGACCGAUCCUAGGACUGUUCUCCAGUCCGUGAUGAAGAGGUGGCUGCCCUUGUCCGAGGCCGUUCUUCGCAUGGUGGUCGAGAGAGGGCCGUCUCCGGCGGAAGCUCAAACCACCAGGGUCGACGUUCUCUGGCCGCCGUCGGAUGAGUCGUUACGGUUGACGGGGGCGGGGGGCGCAGAGGGCGGUGAAGAAGACAAUGCAAGAAUAAUGGCGGAGAUGGAUCGGGUGCGUCGAGCCGUAGCCGCCUGCGACGCUUCCCCGUCCGCUCCGGUGGUGAUCUUUGUGUCCAAGAUGAUACCUGUCAAGAAGCGGGAUAUCACUGACGCCGACGGGAAGCUCUGGGAGCCACCGGCGGCGGCGGCGGCGGCGGCGGCGGCGGCGGCAGGACUGUCGGCGGGACUGUCAGAGAGCGGGACGGGGGGCGACGCGGAAGACGACCGGGACUCGCUGGCGUUCGUCGCGUUCGCCCGGGUUCUGAGCGGAACGGUUGCGCCGGACACCCCGCUUUUGGUGCUAGGCCCCAAGUACCACCCGCUGAAGCAGGGGGCGUGGACCCACGCAUCCCCUCUAGGGAACGACUGGACCCCUCCCGACGCGGUGCGCGGGGACCCCGCCGGCGCCACCGGACAAAAAGACCGACCGCCAAACAGGCUCUUCACUCGCCGGAGGCGGCCAGGGGAUGACGUCACCACACACGGCGAAAUAGCCGCCGAUUCGAACAGCAGCAACGACGACGACGGGGGGAGCGGGCGGCCGUCAUCAUGGAGGCAAGAGGGGCGCGGUAUCGAUGACAACCUGGCCCUGUUUAUGAUGAUGGGGGCGGCGCUGCAGCCGGUGGCGAGGGUCCCCGCGGGGAACGUCCUCGCCCUGGCGGGGUUGGAAGGGAGGGUCAACAAGUGCGCCACCCUGAGCGACACGGCCGAGUGCCCGGCCAUGCGCGCGGUGACCCUGCAGGCCAAGCCGAUGGUGAGGGUGGCCGUGGAGGCGCUGCACCAGCAGGACAUGGACAAGCUGGAGCUCGGGCUCAGCAGGCUCUACCAGGCGGACCCCGCCGUAGAGGUGAGCGUCACGACGAGAGGAGAACACAUUGUUUGCUGCCUGGGGGAGCUGCAUCUGGAACAGAGCCUGAAGGAUUUGCGCGAGAGGUACGCCUGUGUCGAGCUCAAGGCCUCCCUUCCCCUCGUACCUUUCAGGGAGACCAUCGUCGCCCCGGGCCAGGUGGUCGGGGAAGAUGGCUCGAUCAUCCCCCCCCCGCAGCUCAAGAUCGCGCCUUGGUCAGACGAGGAAGGGCUGAGCCUCACCGACUUCAAGACCGGGCGCGCUAGAGUUGUCACCCCCGAUAAACGGGCGGCGCUGACGCUGAGGUGUUUGCCGCUUCCGGUGGACGUCGGGAAGCUCGUAGAGGCCCACCCGAACGAGGUACGUGUGCUUUCGGAAGAACUCGGAGCCGCCAGGAUAUCUCGGGCCGGCGAAGGCGUUGACCCUUUGGCGACAGGGGGACAAGCGGACCCGGCCGUUCUCAACGCCUCCGGUACCAGGCCGUCCUCCUUCCGGCAAGAUCUUCUCCACGCCCUGAGGGAGGCGUCGCCCGACAGCGGGGGUACUACCGGCGGCAGUAGCGCAGUAGGUGGCGGGGGUGCCGGGUGGAACGAAGCGGGGGGGGAGGGUUUCCUUGCAAGGGCGUUGGCUUUCGGUCCGCGGGGCGUGGGGACCAACCUAUUGGCCAGAUGCGCUGGGGGGGUGGAGGUCAGGGUAGCCAAGGCAGGCAACAGCAUCGAGGAAACUCCUACGAGUAAGGCCAACACCAAGAACGCUGGGGAGGCUGGCAGGGUCGGUACUGCUGCUACCGCUUCGGAGGACACGGCCACGGCGGCAAGCGAGGUUCGACAAGCAAGCGAAGAAGAAGCGUCCGAGGCCCUAAGGCUCAUCGAGAACAGCGUCAUCACAGGAUUUCAGCUGGCUACCCUGGCGGGGCCCCUGGCCGGGGAAGAGCUGCACGGACUCUGCUUCCUGCUGGAGAAGGUGGAAAUCACGGCGGAAUGCCUCACCAGCGGCAGCAGCGGUAGUAACCCCUCAACAGCCACCGCCGUCGUACCGCCGCCGCCACCUGGAGACCCUGGAAGCCCCGCGGAUGGCGGUGAUUCGUCAUCACCAGUGACGCCCCUCGAGGACGGAAGUGGGACCGGGGAAGGCGUAGGGGCAAGCGGGGAGGGCAGCGACGAUGAUGGCGCAAGCGUUGGCAAAGGAAGCGUGGAGAGCGGUGUCGCGGGGGAAAGACGGGGACCGCAGCCGCAGGACCAACGGAGACGGUACGGGCCGUUGACGGGGCAGAUAAUUUCCGUCGUGCGCAUGGGGUGCAGGGCUUCCAUGCUUUGCUGCCCGGUGCGACUAGUCGAGGCGUUCUACCGCUGCAGUCUCCAGUGCGAUCAGCUGCAGCUGGGCAACAUGUACGCGGUGCUCUCGAAGAGGCGGGGGAGAGUGGUGGACGAAGACCUUGUGGAAGGCACACAGUUGUUUUUGCUGACUGCGCUGCUGCCAGUGGCGGAAUCGUUCGGGUUCGCCGACGAGCUGCUCAAGAAAACAUCGGGAGCAGGCACCACGCCUCAGCUGGCCUUCUCCCAUUGGGAGGUGAUGGAGCUGGACCCUUUCUGGCGGCCUCAGACGGAAGAGGAGAGAGAGGACGAGGGGGAAGAGGGCCACUUGAGCGUGACCAAUAUUGCCAGGCAGUACCUGGACGGGGUUAGAAAACGGAAGGGGCUUGCCACGAACGACAAGAUUGUAGUCGCCGCGGAGAAGCAGCGGACACUGACAAGAAACAAGUGAUUUUUUGUUCGGCGGGUCGGGAAGGGCUUGCAGAAGGGAGAGUGGGUAUUUGUCCUUCACGAUAGAAGCACUCGCGUGGUACACCGCUGGCAGUACGCGUGGCCGGUUCUGCUGCUGUAGCGCGAAUUGUUCUUGGCAUAUGGAAUCUCCACUGACCCGCGCGGUUCGUGCCGCUGGCGAGACGCGUGACCUGUAGUGUAGCUCGAAUUGUUCUUGCCGUUUGGAAUCACUAGGCUAAAGGGAGUCCGUGAAGGGUACUUGAAGCAUUUGUCGCACAUGACGCCACGCAGCUUUCAUCCAGCACAGACAGCAAGCGGUGUGUCCAACGCGAAACGGGCUACCUCGU